UUUUUUUUUUUGUGAAAACAAUGUCAGAAAUAGCAAAGGAAAAUAACAAAACAAACACCACUAAACAGGAGACAACAACAAACAAUAGUAAUCAAACAUUGACAGCAAUAGCAAAUAGUCAGUCAACUUCAACAACAAAUACACCCGCUGAACCACCGCAAGUAACACGUCAAAAAUAUGAAGAAACGAAGCAAGAAUUACAAGCAUUAUUAGCCAGAAAAAAGCAAGUCGAUACAAAUCUGAUUAAUUUAGAAAAUGCCAUUUAUUUAUUUGAAGGAUCUUAUUUAGAAGACACACAACAGAAUGGAAAUAUCAUUCGUGGAUUUGAUGGUUAUUUAACAAAUAGACCUGAUCGUAGAAAACCAAAAUUUACAGAGCUAGAUCGAUUAUUUUCAUUAUCUUCAUCUACUUAUCAAAAAGCACUUGCACAAAAAGAAGAAAAAGAUCAAGAUUCCAGUCAAGAUGAUAGAUCAUCUUCUGGUUCAAUAUUACGAAAAGAAAAAAAACGAAAAUUUAAACAUGAUGGUACGAUAAAAAAGAAGAAGAGCUCUGCUGGCAGAGAAACUGAUGAUGAUUUGGAUGUUUGAAAUUAAUAAUACUUGAUAAUAAAAAGGAUAAUUAAACUACUGUAAUAUAUGGAAUACAUGUAUAUUUUUUUUAUCGAUGAUCUCAC